CCCUCCCCGCCAAUGCCGGAGAUCCUUGCUGUCCCGGUCCCGCCCCUGCCAGGAGCUCGGCCGGAAGAUGGCGGCGGCCGCAGAGUUGACACUGCUGGAGAAGUCUCUGGGGCUGAGUAAAGGGAACAAAUACAGCGCCCAGGGCGAACGCCAGAUUCCAGUUCUUCAAACAAACAAUGGCCCAAGUCUAACAGGAUUGACUACUAUAGCUGCUCAUCUAGUCAAGCAAGCCAACAAAGAACAUUUGCUUGGGAGCACAGCAGAAGAAAAAGCAAUAGUUCAACAGUGGUUAGAGUACAGGGUAACUCGGGUAGACGGACACUCCAGCAAAGAUGACAUCCGCACUCUGUUGAAGGAUCUUAAUUCAUAUCUUGAAGAUAAAGUCUACCUUACAGGAUAUAACUUUACCUUAGCAGAUAUCCUAUUAUACUAUGGACUUCAUCGCUUUAUAGUUGACCUGACAGUUCAAGAAAAGGAGAAAUAUCUUAAUGUGUCUCGCUGGUUUUGUCACAUUCAGCAUUAUCCAGGCAUCAGGCAACAUCUGUCUAGUGUUGUCUUCAUCAAGAACAGACUAUAUACUAAUUCCCACUAGAGGCUCUCCAUGCUGUACAGAAGAGUGAUUAAAAUAUUUAAAUGGAAAAUGUAUUCGGGACCAGAGGAGUAAAGUAAAUUGAUGUGCAGUCAUUCUUUAUUUGUUGAGGUUGAUAGAAUUUUUAAAGUAUAAACUUGUGUCCAAAUGUUUCAUUUGUUUAGUUGAAAUUUUGCAAUUUUUUCUGUAAAAAUUCAACUGCUGUCAAACUUGAGUUGAGAUCAAGUAAUAAAUUACCUUGUUUUUAUAGAUGAAAUUUAUUUUAGUAAAAGUUGCAAAUCAGUGCUUAAUCUUAAAAAAAAUAGUCCUUUCAAUGGUUGACAUAUUUGGCUAUUUAUUGACCUCUCUUUUCAUAUUUUAAAAUUCAUUUUCCCCUUAUGGAUAUUUACAGUAGUUUGUUUAUUAAGAACUUUAAUAAACUGUGCCAAGGAUACAGAAAGGGAAGACAGAUGGAUUUGUUUUAAAUAUUUAUGUGAGCCAGUAAAUGUGGUUGAAAAA